AUGUCCAGCUCAAGACUCAACACAGCUCGAAAUCCUCACUCGAAAAAUCAACAAGAAGAACCUUCAACAAAAGAGAACGAAUUCGAAACCUCUCUGAAUUCUUCAGUUCACUUUCCGCCGCCGCGAACACCAUUAAAUACGAUUCCAGAUCCAACUCAGUGUCAUAAAGAAACACACGAGUCCGGUUUUGAUAGUAAACACGAAACUACUCGAUCUGGUAGAUUCUCAACUGGAAAUUACACGAGCACCCCCAGGGUUUUGACUCGCCAUGGAAAAGCAGCACAAUCCGAGCCUAACUCUGCGAAUAGCACGCCAGCUAGGAGUGGCUCCAGAGCCUCGCUCGGUGGUGCAUUGGGAGGAUAUGCGAGCGGAACUAGGAGUAUGCAGUUUAGUAAAGGGAAAGAUGUGAGUUUUUUAAGUUCUAGGGUUUCCAGAGGUAUUUCGGUGGCGAAUUCGGAUUUUUCUGUCGAAGUUCCACAUUUUGAGCUCGAUGAAGAUCCUUCAUUUUGGAAGGAUCACAAUGUGCAGGUUUUGAUAAGGAUUAGGCCAUUAAGUAAUAUCGAAAAGGUUUCACAAGGGUAUGGUCGAUGUUUGAAGCAAGAGAGUGGACAGACAUUAGUGUGGCUUGGUCAUCCUGAGACUAGAUUCACAUUUGAUCAUGUUGCUUGUGAGACAAUUUCACAGGAAAAGCUAUUCAUGGUCGCUGGACUGCCAAUGGUGGAGAAUUGCAUGUCUGGUUAUAAUAGCUGUAUGUUUGCUUAUGGUCAGACUGGUAGUGGCAAAACAUAUACCAUGAUGGGUGAGAUAAAUCAGGUGGAAUGCAAGCUUAGUGCAGAUUGCGGGAUAACGCCUCGUAUAUUUGAGUACUUGUUUUCAAGGAUUAGAAUGGAAGAAGAGAGCAGAAGGGACGAAAAGCUGAGGUUCAGUUGCAAAUGUUCUUUUCUGGAGAUAUACAAUGAGCAAAUAACAGAUCUCUUGGAGCCGUCAUCAACUAAUUUACAACUCAGAGAAGACUUGAAUAAAGGUGUAUAUGUAGAAAACCUCACGGAAUAUAAUGUGAGGACAGUUAAUGAUGUCAUCAAGCUUUUGUUACAGGGUGCUGCAAAUAGGAAAAUGGCAGCAACUUAUAUGAACAGUGAGAGCAGCCGUUCCCACAGUGUUUUCACUUGUGUCAUUGAAAGCUGGUGGGAAAAAGAUUCCAUGAACCACUUUAGAUUUGCGAGAUUAAAUUUAGUAGAUUUAUCUGGUUCUGAAAGGCAGAAGAGCUCUGGCGCUGAAGGAGAUCGUCUGAAAGAAGCAGCAAAUAUAAACAAAUCCUUAUCAACUUUGGGCUUGGUGAUAAUGUCGCUGGUUGAUUUAGCGCAUGGAAAACACAGGCAUGUUCCCUACAGAGACUCUCGGCUAACAUUUCUACUUCAGGAUUCUUUGGGUGGGAACUCCAAAACAACAAUUAUUGCGAACGUCAGUCCAUCAACAUGCUCUGCACAUGAAACGCUGAGCACCUUUAAGUUUGCCCAACGUGCCAAACUUAUUCAGAACAAUGCUAAAGUGAACGAAGAUGCUUCAGGUGAUGUUGGUGCGCUUCAGAAGCAAAUUCAACAACUAAAGGAUCAGCUGUCCUUUCUAAUGCAGCAUCAUAACCUCUCAAAGCCUCUUUUGAGUUGUAUGCCGAAUUCUGAAGGACCCAAAGUGGCUGACAAUUCCGCAGAAGACAGAAGAAUAAUUGAUAACCUUAGUAUGCUCACUACAGAAAAUACGAAGGUGAGAUGCAUGGAAGCUAUUUUAGCUGGUGCUCUUAGGAGAGAAAAGUUGGCAGAAACUGCAUUUCAGAAGUUGGAGAAUGAAAUGGAGCAUGUGAACCAAUCAACUUGCCAAAGGGAGGAGGAUUUGCAGCAUACUAAAAUGAUGCUAAGGUUUCGAGAUGAGAAAAUUAAACAACUUGAGUUGUUAAUGGAUGGAUCAUUGCCUGCUGAUCAUCAUCUUAUGGAGGAAAAUAAAGCUUUGAAGGAAGAGAUUCAGCUACUUCAACCAAGGCUCGAUACAAGUCCAGAAUCAACACGUAUUGCUUUGGAAAACAUAAGACUUCUCGAGCAGCUUCAACUGUUCCAAAAUUUUUAUGAGCAAGGGGAGCGAGAAUUGUUGCUAGCUGAAAUUUCAGAAUUGCGUGACCAGCUACUGGAAGCACUUGAAAGAAAUCUUAAGUUCUCCUCAAGAUAUGAGAGUCGGGAUAAUGACACUGUAAAAGAGUUGGAGGAUUGCAGGAACAUGAACUCCAAAUUGAUGAGAGAGGUUGAUGAAUUACGAGGAGAACUCAAGAAGCACCUGAACUACAGUCAAGCUGCAUAUGAUACUGGAACAGAUUCAUUAACUAAGGAUCCCGAGGAAAUAAGGCAAAUAGAUAAAUGUUCUUUGAUCGAAACAAUAUCUACUGGCAGUGAUUGGGGAGAUGAGGUAGCAUAUUUUACCCCAACAAAUGAUAUGUCUCUUCAAAACAAAAACAAUCUACAUAUGAGUGCUGCCUCUGUUCAGCCUGGCAAUACUCAAAAAGAGUUGAUGGAAGCUAGAUUCUUAAUUCAGGCAAUGGAAUCUGAGCAGGUUCGUCUAAUUGAAGAACUGCAGCUCAUGCAGGAUCAUAACAAAAUGUACGUUGAAAUAUUAAAGAAGAAGGGCAACACAGUAAGGGAAUCUGUGCAUAAACCUGGAAGUAAGUGUCUAGAGUUACAAAAUCUAGAAGAGCACAGUGAAGUUAUGGUAAUGGAGGGGAGCAAAGAUAUCAUGAGCAAUCCAUUGCAAGCCAAGCUGGACAAACUGAAUAAGGACCUUGAGGAGGCCAGAUCACUCAAUUACCUCUAUCAAGAAAAUCAGGCAUCAAAAUUAUCUCAACAGCAUCAAGCUGAAUUAGUUUGUGAAGAAGUUGAGACAGAGACCACUAGAACAAUUCUUCAUUUACAGGAGGAGGUUACUGCUCUUCAAUUGGAGCUUGAUGAGAGAUUAUGCUACAUGACUCAGGAAAACAUGGAACUAAGAAACACCAUUUCUGCUAAAGAGUUGGAGAUGAGGGAACUUUGUGGGGAGUGGGAAAGGGCAUCCUUAGAACUAACAAGCUUUCUUGCAGAAGGUUCUAAAUCUCUCAAAGACGCUUCUGGUCAGAUUGAAAGUAUUGUCUGUUCAUUUCCUAAAUUAAAUGUUUUCAUUGGUGAACAUGUUGAGAGGGCUGCCAGGGCAUGCAUUGACAAAGAGGAAACCAUUUUGCAGCUAGAGAAAAGCCUGGAAGAUGCACACAAGAUGGUCAUGGAUAUGGAGAUGAAGUUAAAUUCCUUGAGGGAGGCAACACUGACUUUGAAUGAUUUUCCACAAUCAGAUAAUGAUGAAAGCACAGAAGAGACAACCAUGAUGCUGAAUGAGAAGAUCAAUAUGGUAAAGAUGCUGGAGAGUGAACUCAAGUUGAAGGAGAUUCGCAUUAAUGAAGCAGAAAAAAGUGCCGAUGCUGCUUUUUUGGUAGUAAAAUGGCUAUCUGAUUGCCACAAGGUUGCUCACAGUGAUGAUGUAAAGAGAGACAUUCCCAUAUCAAAAAUGCUUUCUCCCACUAAGAUGGCCUAUCAUAAGACUUCUGAUGAGAAGGUUGAUGCAAAUCCUCUGACUAUGGAAGGUAAUGAUGCUCCGAUUGGGUUGGAAACUUUAAUUAUGGAGUCUGAACAUGCUAUUAAUGCUUCCUACAAGGAUGUAGAAGUGCAUAUGGCUGGGCUUCAAGCAGAGGUUCUUGAAGCUUCCGCUUCAUACAGGGACUUGGUUCAGGACCUGGUGAAAGAAAUUCAGGAGAUGAAGGGUAAACUUAUGGAACUAAAAGAAAGGCAGAUUGACUGUCAGUCUUCUACUGCAAAUUCAAAAGCAGGGGAACCGCUUGAGUUUUUUAAGUUGGAUAACCAGUUGCACAUUUUGCAAUCAAUAAAAGAUGAACUAGCUAAUAUCAAUAAUAGAAUGGAAAUUGUUUCUGAUUUUGUUGACAAAAAAAUAAGUUCACACAGCUGCCCGUUAAACCAAAAAGAUUUAGUGGAAGCAGAUGGCUGGAGCACCGAUAGUUCUGCAUCAUGUUAUUCCUUGAUAGGCUCUGACCUUUCUCCUGAAAGUGUUGGUCUAGUAAACAAAUUGGAUGGAAUAUCACAUAGUUGCUGCUCUAACUUUUCUGGGAAGAUAACUGAACAAAUGGACCUGGAGUCUCGAAAGGGAUCAGUUGUUCAAUCUGAAUCAGAAGGAUCAAUUGUUCAAUCUGAAUCAGAAUACUCAGAGAAGCUUUUGAAAAUUCCACAUCCCAAUCGAGAAAUGACAUUAGACCUGAGAAGGGAGCUGGAUUUGACAUUUGAUGCAUUCAGCAAAAUCUAUGUUCAUUUAAGCACAAUUCUCAAUGAGGAUGAUUUGGUGCAUUGCACUUGCCCAGCAGAUAUUAAGGAACCAUUUCCAACUUCUGGCUCGAGGAUGAAGAUUGCUGAAGCAUUCUGCCAUAAUACCAGAAAGGUACUUGCAGAUGAUAAGGUUAGUCAUGCUAGUAUGUUUUUAAGAAAAUGUGAGGAAGCCUAUGCAACCAUGAAAGAAGCUGAUUGUAUGUUGAAUGCAUUGAUGGAAGCAAAUGAAAAUGCAAAUCAAUUGAGUGGUAUGUGGAAGCAAGCCAGUGACGAACUGAUGGCAGACAGAUCACGCUUGGUUGAAGAAAACAAACAGCUCAAGUCUUCAUUAUGUUUCAAAGAAGAAGAAAACAAAUUACUGUUGGAUGAAAUCAGUCAUGGUUUGGCAGAAGUAGCAAAUUCCAUGUCUUUGCUUGAAGUAUGUUUUCUGCAAAUGCAAAGGGAAGAGGAGGAAAGGCACAAGGUUGUUUAUUCGGAUGUCUUAUCUAUAGGAAGAGAGAUGCUAAACUUCAUUUGCAAUUCAAGAUCAUCAGUGGAAGAUAUUUGCUCCGAGAUAAUGGAGAAGGGAUUUGCUCUCAGCGUCCUCCAACAAGAGAGUCACAUGGGAAUGGAUACUUUGCAAAGAGUUUGCUCGUCUUGUCAUUCUGAAAUCAUUGUUACUAAUAAACAGGGAAAAGAUGAACUGCGUCAAAGAGAAUCACUCACAAGUUUGGAGGAAGGGGAGGGGCCAUCAUAUGGUAAACUGAUGUACGAGAAUUUGUCCCUUAAGAAAGAACUGGAGAGGAAAAAAAGUCUAUUGAAGGGCUUGCUUUUCGAUUUUAGUUUGCUGCAAGAGACAGCCUCCAAUAGAACGGACAUCAAAGAUGAAACUGAAAAGUUAAUUUUGGCUCUGAGUGAAGUUCGACACGAGCUAGAGAAGAAAACAAGUCAGCUUGAUGACCUGUUGGUUCAGCAUAGAAAAGUUGAAGGCCAUCUUAUGGAUACUGAAAAUGCUUUAUUGGUAUCGAUAUCUGAUCUUGAGCAAGCUAAGGAAACAAUAGAUACCUUGUCAGACGAAAAUGCUGAGUUGAGAAUGCUUCUUAAAGAUAUAUAUCUUAAAAAAUCUGAAGCUGAAGAACAACUGGAAGAACAGAAGGAGGUGACCAAAGGCUUGGAAGAAGAAAUUAUUCACUUGACUUCAUCUGCUGAAAGGAAAUUGAACACUUCAGUUAAAAGCCUGGAGGAGGAGUUAGAAAAGAUAAGAAAUGAGAGAGACCAACUCCAUGAAGAAAUCUACUCCUUCAAUGAUAAGCUUGAGAUGGCAUAUGGAUUAGCUGAUGAAAAUGAAGCUAUUGCUGUUGAAGCUCGCCAGGCAUGUACUAUUGCAGAGUCAGAGGCAAGUAAAAUGUAUGCUGAACAGAAGGAAGAGGAGGUCAAGAUUUUAGAACAUUCUGUCGAGGAGCUUGAGAAUACAAUAAAUGUAUUGGAAAAGAAGGUGUAUGAAAUGAACGAUGAGGUAGAAAGACAUCGAUUGAUUAGAGACUCGUUAGAAUUGGAACUUCAAACUCUGCGGCAGAGAUUGUCAACAGUUGAAAACAUCACUGACAUUGCAGAUUCUGUACAAAAUGAAGAUUCUAUAUCUAGGCAACUGCACAAUAGAUUACUGGAGCUUCAUGGGACUCAUAAUCAGAUAAGACUUCUAGAGAGGGGCAUUGCAGAAAAAGAUAAAGAGAUCAAACAAUGCAAAGAGUACAUCUCCGAACUUGUACUGCAUUCUGAAGCUCAGGCAUCACAGUUUCAAGAGAAGUAUAAGACUUUGGAAGCCAUGGUUCAUGAAGUAAAAACAAAUUCGUUGGACUCAGCAUCAGCCCUAGCAGUGGCAGAUAAAAGGGAAAAAAGCUCAAUGAGAACAAGGGGUUCUAGUUCACCGUUCAGAUGCAUUGCAGGUUUGGUUCAGCAGAUGAAUUUGGAGAAAGAUCAAGAACUGUCGGUGGCAAGGCUUCGUAUAGAAGAGCUAGAAGCAGUGUUGUCUGGUCAGAAAAAGGAGGUAUGCGCUCUAAAUGCUAGACUGGCUGCAGCAGAAAGCAUGACUCAUGAUGUCAUUCGGGAUUUACUAGGUGUUAAAAUGGAUAUGACCAACUACGCGAAUCUGAUUGAUCAGCACCAGGUUCAAAAAUUAGUAGAGGAUGCUCAUCAGCAAACAGAAGAAGUCCUUGCAAAGGAGCAAGAAAUCCUGAACUUAAGAAAACAGUUAAAUGAUCUCACUGAAGAAAGAGAGAGUUGCGUAGCUGAAAUAAAUCUGAAAGUGGCAGAUAUGCUUGCUGCCCAGAUGAUGGUAGAGCAACUUAAAGAGCGAGAUCAGUUGCUCUCAGCACAGAAUGAAAUGUUGAAGGUGGACAAAAGUAAUCUACUGAGAAGAGUUGCAGACCUGGAUGAAAUGGUGAAAACUCUUCUUGGAACACAAAUUUUCAUCAUCAAACAGGAGAAAGGAGUACUAAAAUUGGGUGGUGCUGAUUUAACUGGGAGACUUGCGCAUUCUGAAAAGCUUUUGUCUCGUGUGAACAACGAACUUGCUCAGUAUCGCAGCAGACCCGAUGCUACUCAUCCACAUGCCAGAACUCAUGGAAUUAAACGAUAA